GAAACCUGAGAGGGAAUUGUGAAGAAGUUGAGUAUUGGCACGCUGCUCCCUCUCUGCUCCUCUCCUCUCCUCCUCUCCCCGCGGAUGGGAGGAGCGCAGCGCAGCUCCUCGUAUAAGAAGUGUUGAACGUACAACAAGUGAUUUUACACAGCUACUUUAGGAGAAACGAAAUGAUCUGCCCUGGAGCCGCAGCAAAAUGCUGGAUGGACACCUACUCCUGGGAUGGUUAUCGUUCACAGUUAUAGUGCAUCUUCUCUCCGCGCCCGGACCCACCUCGGCAUAUUUCGGGCUGACAGGUAAUGAGCCGCUGUCGAUCUUGCCUCUGAACUCUCUACCGGAGGAGGUUACGGGCAGGGCCCACCACAAGCUGUGUGACCGUCUCAGACUGGAGAAGAAGCAGCGCAGGAUGUGCAGACGAGACCCGGGCGUGGCGGAUUCCUUGAGGGAGGCUAUCCUCAUGAGCGCCUUAGAAUGUCAGCAUCAAUUCCGCUUCGAGAGGUGGAACUGCACCUUAGAGGGGCGUCACCGCGCCAACAUCCUGAAAAGUGGGUUUAAAGAGACGGCCUUUUUGUACGCCAUAUCCUCAGCGGGCUUGACACACGCCAUCGCCAAAGCUUGCAGCGCGGGACGGAUGGAGCGCUGCACGUGUGACGAAGCUCCGGAUCUGGAAAACCGAGAAGCCUGGCAGUGGGGGGGCUGUGGGGACAACCUCAAAUAUGCUUACAAGUUUGUCAAAGACUUCCUGGGCAAACGCUCCAACAAGGACCCACGUGCACGCGUCGACAUGCACAACACAAACGUGGGCAUGAAGGUAAUCAAAGCCGGAGAGAACACCACCUGCAAAUGCCACGGUGUCUCCGGCUCCUGCACUGUCCGGACCUGCUGGAGGCAGCUCCCGCCCUUCCACGAGAUCGGCAAGCGGCUGAAGCAGCUCUACGAAACCUCCUCCAAGUUCGGCAGCUCCACCAACGAGGCCACCGGAGAGGGAGAGAUCUCCACCGGCCGGAACCAGCAGCAGCAGCAGCAGCCGCCGCCGCAGCAGAGGCCCUCCCUGCCGGGUUUGACUCCCCACAUCCCCCGAACUAUGAACUUACUCCACAUCGAGGACUCGCCUAGCUUUUGCAAACCCAGCAAGUACUCGUAUGGCACCGCGGGCCGCAAGUGCUACAAGGACAAAAACUGUGACGCUAUCUGCUGUGGACGAGGCCACAACACCCAGAGUAGGGAGGUGACCGGGCCCUGCCAGUGCCAAGUGCGAUGGUGCUGCUACGUCGAAUGCAAGCAGUGCACGCAGCGCGAAGAAGUCUACACCUGCAAGGGGUGAAAGGAGACCCCUCCCCCGGUUAGUGGAGAGGGUCAAAAAUGGGUGUUGAAGACAAGAGGUCAUUUUGUUCUCAUGCGAGGUUCUGUUUCCAGCAUCAGAACAGUGUUCUGCUUAAAAAAACCAGGAGUGAGCCAAGAAGCAAUAAGCACUUUGAGGGAUUUUUGUGGGUUGGGUUUCAGAGGUCCUGCAGAAUUAAAAAACUUUCUCAGACAACUGGGACAACAUCUCAAGCUUUUUAAUCACAGUGCUGCCUUACGGAGAAAUGCUUUUUGUCAUUCUACAGAAAUCUUUUUUUUUUUUUUUUUUACACAAUAUCACGAAGCGGUUUAUGAGAAUGCAAUACAAGGACUCUGACAGAACUGAUGGACUGGUGCGUUCGUUAGCCUUCCAGUUUUAGAGACGUAUAAAAAAAAAGACAAAAAAUAGAAAAAGACAGGGUGUAUGGAUUACUACACGCACAUAUUUCACUCUCACACGUGGUGUGUGCGCAUACGUAUGUAAAUAAACUCACUUAUAUUUUUAUGACAUUAUACAAGCCACUUAUCUAAUGAUGUAAAAACAAACCACUAACUGCA